GGCCGCGGAGCCGAGGAGCCAGCCGCGGAGGAGCCGGCACCCCGCUUCCCCCUCCCACCCCCCCCGCGCCCCCACGGGGGGCUCUCGCCACGAUGCCGGACGAAGCCACGGAAAGCGCCAGCUCCACCUCCGCCCGCGUCUCGUCCUUCUUCAUCGAGGACCUGCUGGGCCCGGCGGGCGCGGCGGGCGGCGGGGCGCGGCGGGCGGCGGGGCGCGGCGCGGCGGCGGGCGGCGGCGGCGGCCGCGGGGCGCCGCGCUGCGGGCCGCGCUCCCCGCUGCGCCUCGGCGCCCCGGGCUGCCCCCUCCGCGACGCCGCCGUCGGCUGGUACCGCCGAGCGCACGCCGCCUUCCUGGGCUGCGCCAGCCCCGACACCAGCGACCGCGACUCGCCCGAGCCGGCCGAGGAGGCGGCGGAGCAGCGGGCGGGCGGCGGCGGGCGGGCGGCGGCGGCGGCGCGGGGCCCCGCGGGCGGGCGGCCGGGCCCCGGCGGCCGCGAGGAGGAGGAGGAGCGCGGCGAGGAGCCCGGCGGGCCGGAGCAGCGCGCCGCCGGCCGCAAGAAGAAGACGCGCACCGUCUUCAGCCGCAGCCAGGUCUUCCAGCUGGAGUCCACCUUCGACGUGAAGCGCUACCUGAGCAGCUCGGAGCGCGCCGGCCUGGCCGCCUCGCUGCACCUCACCGAGACCCAGGUGAAGAUCUGGUUCCAGAACCGCCGCAACAAGUGGAAAAGACAGCUGGCCGCCGACCUGGAGGCCGCCAACAUCUCCCACUCGGCCCAAAGGAUAGUGAGGGUCCCCAUCCUGUACCACGAGAACUCGCCGGCGAGCGCUCUGGGCUUCGCCUUGCCUCACAUGUCGCCCCCCUUGGUGGGCUUUUCUAACGCUGUCAGCUACCCCCUGGGCACCUUCCCCGCCGCCUCCCUCCCCUUCCUACGGUCGCAGAUGACAGGACUCGUCUGA